AUCAAGUUUUUUUAGAACCACUAGAUAGCGUUACUGGAGGAUCCCAAACAAGUUGUUUGAAACAACAGCUUUAAAAUUUGGUCUGUGAUUAUCUCUAAUUAACAAAUUAAUUAAUUAAUAAUAAGUUCUGUUCCAUCGAGGAAAAUAACUAUUAUCAUCAUCAACACCAUCGUCAUAAGAGCAAUAGUUCCUGUUCCUUUGGUGGUAUGAUGCAAGCUAUGUCUCAGAAUGUUUAUUCAGGAGCAGCUGCUGCAGCUGCAAGAAACACACCGCGAUCUUCAUUUGACCAUCAAUUAUCAGAUUAUUCUAAAGUUAAUUCUAAAAGAAAGUACCAAUAUGAUGUCAAAAUCUUACGAUCUCUACAAAGUCACCCAUUAUCUUUGAAAAAACCCGACCUCCCAGAUCUCGAUAUUGUUCAACAAGUGGCAAUACCGCACAGAGAGAAAAAAACAAAUCGGAUCAAUGAUUCUCUUGAUCAAUCCCUUAUAAUCCGCCCAAAAAUCUCGUCUAAACUUAAAAAUUCAUCAAAAACUUUGAAUGAACACAUCAUCAAAGAAAAGAAAAAAUCUUUGCUGCCUUUAGCAAAUAUAAGUGAAAAUUGCUCAACGAAGCUUCAAACCAUUCAAGAUAUUGAAUAUUUAAUUGAAAGAAAAUAUACGAUUCCCGGCACCAAUAAUGACGAUGAAGCACGGAAAAGAUGUUUAUUAUUUCUCGAUAAGGACGAUAUUGCAGAACUCGUCCAAGAAGAAAUCUGCAAUCAUAAAACAAACAGUAAUUUUUCACUCGCUUACCAAGUUUCUGCAUUGAAAGGAAAUUUAAAAGAAACUAUCAUCGAAGCUUCCCGAGCUAAGCAACUAAAUGAUUGGAUGGUUGCAAUGUCAGCAUCGAUUUCAAGAGAAUUUUGGUCCAAAAUUACACUUCUUUAUGCUGUGCAACUGGAAAACUCCAAUGAAUUCACUCAAGCUGCUAUGUAUUAUUCAUCUUUGCAUCGUAUCACUGAUGCAGUCAGUGUAUUAUUGAAAGCUGGUUUGUACAAAGAAUCGCUCAUUCUAGUAAAGAAUUGUGCACCUCAUAAUUCUCAACUAAUCGGGGAUAUUCUCAAUGCAUGGGCAAAGACUAAAGAGAGUCAAGAUAACUUGGAAUUUGCUGCGAAAAUAUAUGCUGCAAAUUUAGAGCCUGAGGAAGCAGCUCGAUGUUUAGCUGGACGUAGAGAUGAUCCAAAAUGUCAAUCAUUAUCUAGAAUACUUAAUUCAACUAAACCAAUGGUUAUAAAUCAUAAUUAAUUUAUAUUUGUUUAUUACUGCGUCUCUAUUUGUCUUGAAAAUUAAAGAUAUUUUUCUUGU